GAGUACCUGGACGUGCUGGGCAGACCGAUGGUCCUGGCCGGGAACCGAGCCAAGCAGGUUCAGUGGACCAACGUCUACCAGGAUGCCCUGGGGCUGGGCCUGGUGGUGACGGGCACGCUGCCGGUGUUCAACCUGACGGAGGACAGCAGUGACAGGAAGAACCAGCUCAUCCUGGGCGUGAUGGGGAUCGACGUGGCUCUCAACGACAUCAAGAGGCUGACGCCGCGAUACAACCUGGGGGCAAACGGUUAUGUCUUCGCCAUCGACCUGAACGGCUACGUCCUGCUGCACCCCAACCUGCAGCCCCAGAUCAUCAAUUUCCGUGAGCCGGUGACGCUGGACUUCCUGGAUGCUGAGCUGGAGGAUGAGAACAAGGAGGAGAUCCGGAGAAGCAUGAUUGAUGGGAACGACGGGCAGAGGUUCAUCAAGACCCUCAUCAAGUCUCUGGAUGAGCAAUACAUCGACGAGGUAUUCAGGACCUACACAUGGGCCCCCAUCAAAAGCACCAACUACAGCCUGGGGCUGGUCCUGCCUCCCUACAGCACCUACUACAUCCAGGCCAACCUCAGCGACCAGAUCCUGCAAGUCAAGU